CACGGCUGCUUCAAUUAUUGAGAUCUCUACUACACAAAAUACAAGUUGUGCACAGUUGGGCAGAUUGCUUUGCGCCUCUGUAUCACUGUUUUCACCUUCCUUCCAAUUGGAACUCUAAUAUGGACGGAUUCAAGCCUUACAUACCUGCUGCCGCAGAAGUAUCUGUAAAUGAUCAGAGGUAUCACGUGUUUCUGAGUUUCAGGGGAAAAGAUGUGAGAAAAACUCUGGUUGAUCAUCUCUUCCAAGCUCUCUCCGCAGCUCGAUUGAUUGUGUUUCUUGACACCCACAAGUUAAAAAGGGGGGAAAUCAUUGAUUUAAGCCUGAAAAGCGCAAUUCAGAGCAGUGCCAUACGCAUUCCUAUAUUUUCGAAAGGAUAUGCAGGCUCGGCAUGGUGCCUGAGGGAGGCCUCCUUUAUGUUGGACUCUCCUGGGUUGAUCAUUCCUCUCUUCUAUGAGGUGGAACCAACCCACGUUAGAUAUCCUCUAGGAGAAUCCAGCCCUUAUCAGAAAUCUUUUGAAAAGUAUUAUAGCCAUCCGGAUCGAUAUUCAAGAGAAGAGAUUGAUGGGUGGAAGGAUUCUCUUGAACAGAUCUGCUCUCGCUCGGGAUGGUCCCUGGAUAUGACUGGAGGGUUCGAAGCUCAGCUAGUGAAGGUGUUGGUGAACGACAUAAUAAAGACACUCGACAGGGUGCCGUUAGAAGUUGCCAAAUACCCAGUUGGACUGGAGAACCUGAAAAAUGAUCUCCUUCAGAAAUUGCAUCUCAGUUCAGUGGAAACAGUGGUUAAAAUUGGAAUAUGGGGUAUAGGCGGUGUUGGGAAGACCACACUUGCAAAGGCCGCGUACAAUGUAGCUUUUGAUUGUUUCGAAGCUGCUACGUUAGUCUUUAAUGUCCGUGACACUAGCCUUACAAAAUUGCAGGGGCAAAUUCUCAAAGAUUUGGUCAACUAUGAGGGAGAACUGCUGAGUGUGGAAAAGGGCAAAUCUUUGUUGAGAGAUCGUCUACGAGGAAUCCGUGCCCUUGUCAUUUUGGAUGAUGUGGACGAUCGCCUGCAAUUGGAUGCCUUGGCUGGGGAUUGGUUGGCCCUCGGCAGCCGCUUAAUCAUAACUUCUAGAGAUCGACACAUUCUCAAUGCUGCUCACAUCUCAUUCGAAAACAUUUUGGAGAUAAGCGGAUUGGGGAAAAGUGAAGGUCUCCAGUUGUUUAGUUGGCACGCCUUCCUCAGACCAUCCCCAAUUCCCGGUUAUGAAGAGCUCUCCAAUAGAAUAGUGGAGGCUUGCAAUGGGCACCCUCUUUCUCUUGAAAUCAUUGGAGCUGUCUUGUAUGAUAAGCAAAACAACACAGACAUUGAAUGCUGGAAUGAAACUGUUGACAACAUUACAGCGAAUAGAGACAUUUUUAAAACACUCUACAUCAGUUAUAGUGGUCUUACUACUGAGGAAAAGGAAAUUUUUUUGGACAUUGCUUGCUUUUUCAUCGGAGAACGCACAACUUCUCCGAUUGCUUUCUGGAAAUCUAUGUACAAGAAUGUGCGCAUUUCUAUCAGUAAUCUUUCAAUGAAGCUGCUGAUAAAAGUAGACGAGAAAGGUGUAUUUGAUAUGCAUGACCUCGUGCGAGAUAUGGGACGAAUCAUUGCUGAAGAAGAGCAUACCCGACAGUGGCAGCUUACCCAGUCAAGCAGCUCAUUCAACAAAGUUAGCAAUAUCUCUUCCCUUCAUCUCUGUAAAGGUGAUUCGCGGUGUCUUACAAACUUGUGCACUCCUAGUCUUCGGUAUCUUCAUUUGGAGCAAGUGCACAUAGAAAAUAGCAUAGACAGUCUUGCUCCAAGUUUGAUAUGGCUAAAGGUGGAAUCUUGUUCCUUUCCAGGCACGAUGUAUAGCUCAAAUUUGUUCAAGGACUUAACAUAUCAAUUGAGGAUCAUGGACUGGACAGACUGCAGAUACUUACAAAAUCUCCCUGACAACAUUGGUCGUUUGUCACAUUUGCAGUUCUUGAAUUUAUCUGAAUGUCAGAAGUUAGAAUGUCUUCCUAACACCAUUUCCAACCUCUCACAACUGGUAUACUUGAAUUUAAGUUACUGUGAAAAAUUAAGAUGCCUUCCUGACGGCAUUGGAAACUUGUCACAGCUGGAGUACUUGAAGUUAACUUGUUGUAAAAUCUUAACUGAACUUCCUGACAGCAUUGGCAAGCUAUCACAGCUGAAGCAGUUAAGUUUGAGCUGGUGCACAAAAUUGGAGAGCCUUCCAGAAACCAUUAACAACUUGUCAAAGCUCGAAAGGUUGGAUAUGCUGAGUUGUUAUUCUGCAUGGAAGUCAAUUCCUCAUGCCAUUUUGAUCAAGCCAACACUCUGCCUUUUAGGAUUACCUCCUAAGGUGGAGAACUGGCGGAAGACUCUAAUAGAGGAAGGAUGUCUAAGGGAGCAGCAGAUUACUCUAAGUCUAUCUUUAAGAGACCCCAUGUCGGAAUUUAGAGCAAUCUUAGCCCCUGAAUGUCAAAAAUUGAAGUCCAAGCUCACAGAAAUCAGAUUCUUUCCUGGCAAAGGUUUUUCUCGAAAUAGAUCGAGAGUCCAAUUCAAGUUGGCAGACAAAACAACAAUACGAAACAAAAGAUUUUUUCGAAAUAGAUCGAGAAUCCAACGCAAGCUGCCAGGCAAAGCAACAGAAGAAAACUUAUAUUCCACCCAUCAGGAGUCUCGAUCGGAUACGUAUCACGACAGUCUGCUUUCUUUCUCGCCUCAAGAAAUGUUAGAUUCUAGCUACCGCGAAACCCCGCCCAUGGAUACGAGUGGAAGUCUGCUUUCUUUCUUGGCAAGAGAAACAAGAGAAAUGUUAGAUUCUAGCUACCACGAAACUCCGUCCAUGCAUACAACUAGAAAUUUGCUUUCUUUCUUGGAAAGAGAAACAAGAAAUUGUAGCUAUCACGAAACCGAACCCAUGGAUACGAGGAGUACCACAUGUUUUUCAACAGAAAAAUCAUCUAAUUUUAUAGAUACGAGGAGUUACCCAGGGAUAUGAAUAGUAACCCACAUAUCUUCAAAUAAAUGAAGGCUCGAACUUCAGUUACCUGGCAAACCAAUAAAGGUGACAAAAUUAUUUUUAUUUAUUUUUAUUUUUUUGAACAUAAAUGAAGAGUUCUACAAAUAAAGAUAACAAAAAUAUCAGUGGUCUUGUCA